UUCAUAUUCUUAUUCGUUAUCUCCCGUAGUCGACUUGGUUCAAUUCCGUCGUAAAAAUUUACAGUUAAAAAUAAAAUAAAUCCCAUCAAUUAUAGAAAAAAAUAUCAACAUAACUAAAAAUGAGUGACGACGACCGUGAUAUUGAUAUAGAAAGUGAUGAUGACAAUGAUUCUGAUGCGGGCCUACCCCAGCGCCAUACCAAUACACAAAAUUUUACACAAGAGGAGAAGAGGGCCCAUCACAAUGCAUUAGAAAGAAAACGUCGUGAUCACAUCAAGGAAAGCUUUACAUCCCUGCGAGAAGCCGUUCCUUCUCUAAAAGGCGAAAAGGCCAGCCGGGCACAAAUUUUAAAGAAAACAACGGAAUGCAUUCAAACAAUGAGACGUAAAAUCCAAGAAAAUCAAAAAGGUGUGGAGGAGAUAAAGAAACAAAAUGCAAUACUGGAGGCACAGAUACGUAUGUUGGAAUGUGCCAAAAGCGGCUAUGUAGUUGAUUCAACUGAAUAUCAGCAAUUAACAAAUGGAGAUCAAACUCUCCAGCAUGACAGCUGUUCCGAUGGCGAUGAUCAGGAUUUCAGUCGACGCAGUAAGAAAAUGAAGACCUCCUAUCAGGCAUAGUAACUAAUGGAGCAUCAAUUUGAAAAUCUCAAGUUUUCAAAUGAUUAGAAAAAAAAACAAUAGGAACACCCCCGUCAGAAAAAAAAUCGACAAUGUUUUUAAGACACCGAACUAUUGCCUCUUCUAAUGUAGUUAAUUCUUUAAUAAUUUACUCUUAUGUGUAAGAGCUAAUAUCAAUUAUCCACUCUAGGAAGUAUUAAAAGUAUGCACUAUCAAGUACACAAAAAAAGGAAAGAAAGCUUAGAAAGAAUGAGGUACAAUAUUAUUUUUCAAACUUUUAUAUUUUUGUCUUUUUAUAAAUGUACAAUACAAAAAAAAGAGUGUAAUAAAUGUUUCGUUUAACGUUUUUACCUUUCACUAA